AUCUUUCUUUAUGAUAAUAUAACAAAACAAAACUUAAAAAACCAAACACUAUCUUCUUUCUUCUUCUUCUUCUGACAAUUAAAAAAAAAAUCAAGAAAAUGUCAGUGGCAUCAUCAUAUACAUUCCCUUGUAUUAAAUUCCAAAAUUACCCUUCUUAUUCAACAAACCCUACAAUACUUACUAUAAGAAAUUCUCAAGCUGAAGGUCCAAUUAGAAGACCAAUUGCUCCAUCACCACCUAAGCCUAGUAAUAUUUCACCACCAAUUAUUACUACUACAGCCCCUACUAAGCCUGUGGCUGUGACAACUUCCGAGGGUAAAAAUGUAAUUACACUUGAAUUUCAGAGGCAAAGGGCUAAGGAACUUCAAGGGUAUUUUAGACAGAAGAAACUUGAAGAAGCUAAUCAAGGCCCAUUCUUUGGUUUUAUUGCCAAGAAUGAAAUCUCCAAUGGAAGAUGGGCGAUGUUUGGUUUUGCUGUGGGGAUGUUGACAGAGUAUGCAACGGGUUCUGACUUUGUGGAUCAACUUAAGAUCCUUCUCUCCAAUUUCGGUAUUUUAGACCUCGAAUGAGACUUUUGAAGGACUGCAGGGCUCAUUCGGGGGUGACGCUUCCAACAUGAUUUUGUUCAUAUUUAGGGCUCGAACUCGAAAUCUCUAGACUGGUCAAGAGUGAAACACUUCCACCAGUUCACCAGGCCACUACCUCCAUCUCUUAUUUCAAAUUCUUUUUACUUUAAAGUAUUUAUCAUUUUCGAUAUAAAGACAUUUGUUUACCAUAUAAAGAAAUUUUUGGACAUUUUUUUUAGCAUAUAUUAAAGAGGUUUUAUGUGUGGGA